AUGGAAGCGCAUUGGGGCAAGAAGAAUGGUCGAACGCGUAUUUUCUACUUAAGUUUCGGUACAAGUGCAGGGAACUCGGUGGCUGCAGGAACCCAAACGGAAGAGAAGAACUCGGUUUCUGCUCCUAAAGGUUUCCAGCUCGGUGGCUUCUUUGGCCGCGACGGGGACGAAAUUGAUACCCUGGGUGCAAUUUGGACGAGUAUUGACGCGUCUUUCGGUGGGCCACACGGCAACCAGUUCUCGGAUCAACCCGUGGCCACGUCAGCACAGACAAUCAGCUCGAUCAUCAUCCGUGCUGGUGAACGCGCACAUGGCGUCACUCUUGAAGUAUCAGCGCCGACAGCCGAAACCUUCACUCACGGAGAACACAUCACUUCAAUGGAAGCUCAUUGGGGUAAGAAGAGCGGCAGAACGCGUAUUUUCUAUCUUAACUUCGGGACAAGUGCUGGUAACUCGGUGUCGGCCGGAUCGAAGACUGACCUUAAGGGAAGUAUCACUGCACCGGACGGUUAUCAACUCGGAGGUUUCUUCGGACGUGACGGUGACGAGAUUGAUCUCUUGGGUGUCGUUUGGACUAGUAUUGAACCUGUUGCUGAGACGGCAGCAGCCAGCGAAGGUGCAUCUGCAAAUGAGGAUAUUGUACUGAGUCCGGUUUAUGGAGGUCCUCACGGUGUGGCAUUUUCCGAUGUGAGGAACAUCGUCCUUGGACAAACACUCAGCUCCGUCACAAUUCGAGCUUUCAGACGAGUUGAUGCCGUGACGCUACAAGUAACGAAACCAGCCGAACAAACGUUUACUCACGGUGGGAAAGGUGGGAAAGAAACUACGCUCGCACUCGGUCCAGGAGAAUAUAUCAAUUCAGUGGAAUUUCAUUGGGGUAAGAAAGAUGGACGAACUCACGUAUUUUACACGGCUCCUAAGGGGUUCCAAUUGAGUGGACUGCAUGGUCGUGCCGAGGAUGAGGUGGAUCAACUCGGCUGCAUCUGGACGAGGAUCGAUGCGAAGCCAGCUUUACUGACUGAUGUUAUGGACACUGCGUGGUUCGGUGACAUUAUCCGUAACUGGGUGGGACCGACGAUUGGAGCUGCGAAAGAUUCGGCUUGCUAUCGGAAAUAUAAACCGUUUGAUAGCAAGAAGAUGUGUCCUCUUGGCUACGGUAAUGACGACGACGACUGUAUCGCUCAAUGUCCAAUGUCGUACCCGGUACGAUGUGGUUUGGAAUGUAUUCCACAGAAUGACGACUGUGCUCUGGCAGUUCUAUCCAAGAUCUCGGCCGUCGCUGCUGUGGCAUUCAAUGCGGCGACAGCAGGCAUCUUCACAAGUGUCAAGACUCUGUACAAAGGAGCGAAGUUGCUCUACAUGUGUGCGGCAAACGUCAUCAACGUUAUCAAGCAAUUGAUCUACUAUUUUCGGUAUGUUCAAACAACGGCGCCACAAGGAGACGUCGAGCAUAUGCUGACUGCAUCUUACCAAUCCAAUAAACUGGUAUUUGCCGGGUACGUGGUUACCAUCGUGGAAAAUAUCGUGAAACAAGUGAUUGUCAAUGGGGACGAGAUCAUUUCAUCGGCUAAAAACGUCAUUGAUCUUCUUAAGAAUUCCAGUGCAGUCAACAACUCGGCGAGUAGCGUGACAGAGCUGGAAGAUUUCAUUGCGUCCAACACGUCCUGCGGCUUCGAGCUCAAGCAACUGACCGAUCGAGUGCUGGUUACCGUCAAUGAUAUUCGCAACAAGACACCGAAUGCCGCCAAGGAUGACGUCCGUGUGGCUGUGAGCAAGUCUACGUUGGUAUCGAACGACAUUCCCUCCGUCACUAACGACUGUAUGAAAGAAUUGCUAAAAUCGAAGACUAAACAAGCAGCUUUUGAGACGAGGGAUUUGCUUCGAAAGACGAUGGAAGUGAUCAUUGACCAGCUUGUCGACACGGCUACGACGGAUAUGGGAAAGAACGUGGCAGAGAACGACCAGAUGCUGGAGAUCGCAAACUUUGGAUUAGUCGUGUUAGGAGGCUUGGACCCAACUGGUAUUGUCUACAUGGCGUCUCAAUUCGUCCAACCGAUUUGUGGACCCACUGGAUUUCUCGGCGAGAUUGACGAUGGGAAUCUGUACGACGCCUUGGGGAUGUGGACGGUGGACGAAGCGUUCGAAGGAAGUUACGGAACGUGGUCCAAGAAAGGAGAUGGUGUGGUUCGAAUUAUCUUCGAGAGCACGGACAAGGAAGACGUGACUGUGGUGAUUCACUCCGGUGGUGAUGACUAUGCUGAGGUGGAUGUUGGCGCUGGCGAUACCGUGACGUGGGAAUCGACGGUUCCGGAGCUGCAAGAUAAAACUUUGUAUCUGGACCGAUGGCGACCUGGGUUAUUUGGCUUACCCGGCUCCGGGGGUGGGUCUCUGCUACUGUGGAUUCCACGAGCAGCGGACGGAGGCCAUUUGACGUUACACGCCAGGAUCAACGUCAGCUAG